GUUCGGUCGACGUUGAGUCUAAUGGCGGGUUUCGAGUGCUGAAUUUGCGACGAACUCGGAAAACACUGAACAGCACCAGAGAAGUGUCACGCGUCACAGAGCUCAACUCGACUGUCACACCGAGCUUCUGCUGAGCUAGACUUGUUCAGUACACUCAUCUCGAAAUAUCUCGCAAUGUCUGCCAGAGGACGCUCGACUUCCCCGCACCCUUUACACGAUGCAGACAUCGACAUGGAAAACGGAAAGCCCGAAAACACAACUGCCAAAGUUGUCAUUGUCACCAACCUCACACGGAAUGUAGUCGAGACACAUCUCCAAACCAUAUUCAGCUUCUAUGGCGAUAUCGUCAAAGUAGACUUACCAGUCUACGGAAAAUCGGGUCAGAACAGAGGGAAAGCUGCACUAGAGUAUGCUGAGCCAACCGGCGCGCAAAAGGCUGCUUCACACAUGAAUGGCGGACAAUUGGAUGGUGCGAUACUCAAAGUCGAACUCUCAGACCUUCCCAUACGCUCGCGUUCUCGAUCACCGCGACCAGGUCGUGGACGCAACGGAAAGGGACGUUCGCGUUCCUAUUCUCCGUCCCGAUCUCGUUCGCCUCCUGCAAGAGCAUAUGGAAGAAGGGAUCGCUUUGACCGUGGCGAUACCUACAGGGCACGGCCUUAUGGCAGAAGGGGACCACCAGUACGAGACACAUACCGACCGUACUCGCGUUCUCGUUCCCGUUCGCGAACACGAUCGCGGUCCCCGAUUAGAAGAGGAGAUAGGUUACCUAGGCGGAGAUCGCCAAGUUAUGAAAGAGGAGGCACGGGAUAUCGAAGGGGCCGUACACGGUCAAGAAGCUAUUCAGUACGCUCAAGCCGGUCAAGAUCACCCAGCCGUUCCCCUCGUUCGCGCUCGCGUUCAUCUUACUCAUCCUACUCGCGCUACUCACGUAGUAGAAGCCGUUCUCGGUCGGUCAGUCGUGCCAGGAGGAGUCAUAGCAGGGAUGAUAUUCGGGAUAGCAGAUCCAGGUCACCUCGAGAUUAGGUUUUCUUUCUGUUGCUUUUCUUUUUGAUAUUCCAUGAUAUCUCUGGCGGACUGCUCUACUAUUAUGAAAAGUAUCCUGUGUAUUCCAAUCUUACCACCUCGUGUAUACUAUACAGAUUCGUUCAUGGGGGGUAUGUCAGUCACUAGUGGUAGAAUCGUCAUCCGCCAGGAAGGGCCUGCAUAACGUAGCGUAAGUAUUAGCGUUAGAAGUGAAUUCAAUGCGUUCCACU